AUGUUUUGUGUGAACACUGCACAGUCUGCAAAGCAUCUGUAACAAUGAAGCUGCUGCUGGCAGGAAUCGCUCUGAUUCUAGUUGUGGAAACUCAAGCUCAGUGGUACAAGUUUCCUGGUCAAGCUGCUCAAGGAGCUUAUGACAUGGGGCGAGCAUACAGGGAUAUGAGGAAGGCUAACUGGAAAAACUCCGACAAAUACUUUCAUGCCAGAGGAAACUAUGAUGCUGCACGGAGAGGAGCUGGAGGUAGAUGGGCUGCUGAGGUUAUCAGCAAUGGUCGAGAGUGGGUAAACGGGAACUCGGGUCAAGGUCCUGAGGACGAGGCGGCUGAUCAGGCGGCAAAUCGCUGGGGACGAGCAGGAGGAAAUCCCAAUCGUUACAGGCCAGCAGGUCUUCCUAAAAAAUACUGAGGAAGCCAUGGACAGUAUCACUAUCAACUUGCCUGUGCCCAGGGAUGACGGAUGAAAAUUAGCUUGUAGCUAUAUCUGGAUGGUUCAAUAUAUGUAUUGUGCAUGGCCCCUGUCAAAUAAACAAUAAAAUAAACA